CUGCCUUUAGUGCAUAGUUCGCCACCGGGUGCUGAAUGAAAAGGUUCGACAAAGGUGUGGCCGGCUGCAACUCUAUUAAGUACGCCGCAACAAAUCUGCUACCCGUCGUGAUUUCUAACUAGAAAACAGUAGAAACAAACCAAAGCCAACAUGUUUAAGAAAAUGCAGAAGAGCGCGAAGAGACUGGCUGACGGUUAUAACAAAGACGUUAAGAGAGAGACCCAGAAAUACCAGACUCUACGAGAUCUAGACCUAUUCGUCCUGGAUAACUCGAUCCGUGAGAGCACAGUGGGCCAGCUGCGCGGUCAUACUCUGGAGGAUAAAUGGAAGGUGUUUGAUGAGGUGAGACGAUGUGGCUUCACCAAUGUUAUCGUGGCCUCCUUCUCCCACAUGACACGCGUAGAUGACGUCUUCGUCAAGCAGUUGGUGGAGAAGGGAGAGGACCGUAAAGGACUCUACGCUUUCUCAGAGAUAACCGAAGGUGCGAAAAAUCGGAUACCGAACGCCGAGAAGAUUCCUGUGGGAUUGCAAAAGAUGCAGGAGACGGGUCUCUGGAACGCAAUCCUGGAGGUAGACCUGAGUGACGGCGUCUACGACUUCAGUAAAUUCACCAUGGAUGACCUGUGCGCACUUGUCAAGAAAUGGAUCAUGUGGGUGUACGACAACCUGCAUCGAGACGCCAAGGUGUUGAUCAACCUGCGAGACAUGUCCGAUGUGAUGCCUGUGAAACCCGUCCGGGCCUUCCAGCUGGUCGAGUUCCUUGCCGAGAUGCCAGAAGAUGUCCGACCUUUUGGGUUGAUCUUCGAAGAGGCCAGAGGCCUUUGUGUGCCAGAGGAGUGCGGCAACUGGGCCAAGUACAUCCGAAAGAGUAUGGAUGCGCACAACUGGAAGGGGAAACUGCUGGUGCAUGUUCAUGAGAAGUACGGUUAUGCCAACUCCUCACAGCUCGAGAGUUUGAUGUGUGGUGCGGAUGGUACUUGGGGCAGUAUCUGCAUUGAAGGUGCUGCCAUGGGCAACGCAUCAACCUGCGUCACUAUGAUGAACCUCAUCCGCCUUGGCAACAAGAAGAUCCUUAAGAGCUACAACUGCUCCUACCUUCGGAAGGCUGCCAUCAACGUGACUAGGAUCACCACCGGCCAAGACCCGGACCCCAAGCAACCGGUGUAUGGGGAGAGAGCCUUGGACUUCGUCUUGGGGCUGAAUAAGGAAGACUUUGACUUGGCUGACUUCUUUGGAGAAAAGGCGCCCAAGAGGAUCACUUCUUUGGCAUCCAAUGAGAUGAUCCGUCUGCAGUUGAUUGAUCUUUACGGCGACGAUCCGCAGUUCACCCUUGACCAAGCUCAAAAGAUGAAAGAAGUCAUGCUCGAGGAUCUUCGAAACAAUAGGAAGGAAGAGUACAUGAGUGAGGUUGGCCUGGCUCUCCUCUUCGACAGGGCCGGAGGCAAAGUCACCGAAAAGAUGCGUGACGUCAUCGAGAAGAUGAAGCUGAACGACGUGCACGCCGAGAGGAUGCUCUCCGAGGUACGUGAGAUCUGGGACACCUGGGACCUGAAAGACGAAGUGCAAGGUGAUGAAAUGCUGCAGUUCGACUCCUUCUACAAUGGCUUCAUGGCGCCCUACUUUGCCUGCUACCGGUGCUCCGACACCCGUCAAGCUCUGCAGGCCAUUGACAUGGAUGCAGACGGGCAGGUGGAUUGGAGUGAGUUUCUGGUGUAUCUCAAGUGGGCCUUGCAUGAGUACCCCAACAUCAAGGAUACCCAGGAGCUGUUGGAUAUCGCGUUUAGGAAGGGGCUCAUCCCUGCCAUGAGGGAUGAACUCCUUAAGGACUAGAUAUCCAGAGUAUCAAGUUAUCACAAGUCACAUCGCAAUUCCAGUCUUUAUUUAACUGACAAGCCAUGUUAUUGAACUUCAGGCAGAAGUGACUAUCUAUCCAAAACAAGAGUAGUUCUUAUAGAUACAUAGAUUUCCUUACUAGGGUUUAGGCAUUAUCCUGAUGAUGGUCAGGGCACAAUGACUGAAACGUCCAGUUAACACCUCUGAUUCCUACAUCCAAUGAACUUAUAACAUAUAUAGACCCUGAACCCUAGUGUUACAUAUUACUCUGACGUAAUGAUGACGUAAUCAUGUGUCACGUUAAAAGCGAUUCUCGUUGAAAAAAAAAGAUGACCAUCUUCUUUCACCUUAAAUCUUGGACAAAAUAAUCGAUCAUGUACAACUUUGCAGACAGAUGGUCUAUUAUUGAUAAACAUUUUUUAUCGCGUAAGCGAACUCGCUUGACCUUUACUCCCGGGUCUACCGGAAGGUCAAAAUUAGGUGAAUUUAAAAUACAGACAGUAGCCUCAAAAUCAAACCGAACCUUGAAAUUUCUUCCAAACUGUUGACGAGAUGAAGAUAAACAAUAGACGGAACACGAACCCUGGUCCGAAGAUGCUCGACAAAAAUAAUUUGAUGUCAUCAUGACGUCAUCGGGUAUCAAAUUUAAAGAGUUAACCUAAACAUUUGAAAAAUUGCUUUUAAUGAUCACUCCAUAACGGAAUGGAGUUUUGUUCUCAUAUUUUUGUUAUUUUUACGCAUUGCCUCUGGCAAUUUGAUUCCAAGGCUCAAAGCCAAUUUUGCCAACCCAACUUUUGAGUCUCAUAUGACGUAAUCAAAAGUAAAAAAAUGUGCUUCCGUUUAAGAAGUUGUCAUAUAAACGUGUACAAAACACUGGUAAACACUUAAAAUGCUUUGGGUUAUCAAACAGCCGUUACAUGUGGCUCGAUAGUUAACAUAAAAUUACACAAAUCAUUCAAAAUUAUCGAAAGUAUCGAUAUGGGGAAUUCGCGUGAUAUAGAUGCUAAAAUAAGCGGGAAAUCCAUUUAAUAAUAGCGAGAUCUUGCUUUUUUAUUGACUUUUGGAGAAAAAUUAGUCAUUGGUUUGGAGGUGAAGAUUGGAAAAUGGUUAGUAAUAUCCGAAGUUAUAAUUAACCAGUCUGGUAUUAGUAAAAUGUUGGUGAAUAUUUUGUCACUUAGAGUAGCCUCGCGUUACCCUUGUGGGUUUAUCUAUGAACGGAGUAAAAGGAGGGUGUGAAAACAUAAUGUCAAUGAAAUUUGAACUAAAUUAUUAUCUUCAUCAUUUAGAAGGUUAAUAAUAAUAUUCAGGUCUCUAGUAAGAAACUGUUUAUUUGUAGUAGAACUACAGGUGAUAAUAUUAUCAAAAUGGUUCCAAAACCUGUGCAGGUUUAUGUAAAACACCGUUUAUCAUAUGAUUGGAUGAUGUUUGGUUUAAUUCAGUAAACAGUGAUGCCACUGAGUUAUUAGAGUAAUUCAGAUUAUGAUGUCCCGUGUUUAAGACCAACUUUACAAUCGGGGUUGUGAGUGUGUCUAGUUUUAAAAAAUUGUAAACAAAAACAGUUGAUGACGUCAUCAUGACGUCAUUUUAGAUAUUGCAUAACAGUACCAUUUUUAUCUACCUAUACCAACAAGUUUCAUGACGAUCGGACCUACUCUCACGAUUUUGAAAAAUCUAAAGUUUUUAAUGACGUCAUUUUGACGCCUCAUUUCUCGCGUUAUCUAUUCAUUUUUUUCAUAGCAAAACUUAAGUAGCUUGUCUUCGGCAUGCUUGAAAACGUAAGUGAAAUUAUGUCUUAAAUAAAACUAUUGUUACUUUAAAUUCCAGAGAACUUGACCUAGGCAUGAUAAAUAUUGCAACAAUUGUCAACACAUUCCAUAUAUGCAAACUCACUUAAGCAUUCUUAAUCUGUACAAAGUAGUGUCUUUAUAAUAAGACAAUACUGAAUACUCUAUGUCUGAUGGAAAUUAAGUAAAAGUUUCCUUUUUUUAAAUACAAAAUUAAACGUACAUUAGUCACAUACAUCAUUACAAGUAUCAUGUGGGAUUCAUGUAUGUGCAUACUGUUCCCCUGUUUCUAACCAAAUGUAGAUAGAUAGCCAAACUUUUUUUCAAUAACAACGAUCAUAACGAGGGAGUCAGGAAUAUGCUUCUGAGUUCCAGUGUUAGUGAGCUCCAUUAGUGAAACAAAAGUGAUUAGUGCAACAAACAAGAACUAGUAAAAACAAUAGCUCAGAAUAUGAAAGUACAUAAAUCACCUGAUCACAAUGAUCACAUUAUAGCGGAUGCCCGGUCGUACACACAAGGAUGUGACAGGGAAAAUAAACAGGGAAGUCCGCAUACGCGGGAAAUAA